UGAGCGACGCCGUGGAGGAGAAAGACAAGGCAUUGAACAAAACAUACAAUGGCGACGGCGGCGACCACAGCAGGCGGAACAGGCUCAGGCGGACCGGCUACCGGCCCCGUUGGUGGCGGUACCGCUGUGGGACGAAAGAAAGACGGCGGUCCUUCAGCGAAAUUCUGGGAGGGUUCGGAGACGGUAUCCCAGUUCGAGACGGUGCGGCUGUGGAUCGGAAAGCACUACAAAAAGUAUGUCCAGAAUGACUCCCCAUCCAGUAAAUCUUUGGCGGGUCUGGUGGUUCAGCUGCUGCAGUUUCAGGAGGAUGCAUUUGGACGCAGGGUUAACAAUCCUGCUCUCACCAAGCUGCCUGCUAAGUGUUUCCUGGAUUUUAAGGCAGGAGGUGCCCUCUGUCACAUCCUGGGGUCCGUCUACAAGUUCAAGAGCGAGCAGGGGUGGCGUAGAUUUGACCUGCAGAACCCCUCCCGCAUGGACAGGAAUGUGGAAAUGUUCUUAAAUGUGGAGAAGAACCUGGUCCAGAACAACUGCUUGACUAGGCCCACUGUGUACCUGUCCCCUGACAUCGAGCAGAAACAAGCCAGUAAGCUUAAAGACAUCAUUAAAAGGCACCAGGGCUCCAUCACUGACGAUAAGUCAAAAGCUACCCACCAUAUUUACCCCUCUCCACCCCAACAAGAAGAAGAGGAGUGGCUUCGUCCGGUCAUGAGGAAAGACAAGCAGGUGAUGGUGCACUGGGGCUACUUUCCAGACAGCUAUGACACCUGGGUAUCAGUCAGCGAGGUGGACGGGGAUGUGGAGGACCCACCCAGCACUGACAGACCAUGGAAGGUCCAUGCCAAGUGGGUGUUAGACACCGACGCUUUCAACGAGUGGAUGAAUGAAGAAGACUACGAGGUUGAUGAGAACAAGAAGCCUGUUAGCUUCCGCCAGAGGAUCUUCCCUAAGGAAGAGGAGUCUUCCCGUACACCCGAUCGAAAGGAGCGCAAGGCCAACUCUGCCGGCAAGAAGAGGAGGCGCUCACCAUCGCCGCCCAGCACUCCAGCUGAAUCCCGCAAGAAGGGAGGAAAGAAGGGGAACCCAGGCCCUCACUGGAAGCGACGGGGCCACAGAGGCGAAGAGGAGGACACGGAGGAAGACUUGUCCAAGGACAUGGAUGACUCCUCGGCUGGAGCUAGCAUGGAGGAGGGCAGCAUGUCCAAGAAUUCAAAUUCAAAGAAGGACAACGAGAAUACUCCGAUGAAAGGAGACUUGGAUGACAUGGAGGAUGACUCUGUGCUGUCUGGUGGAAAGGACGAUGAGGAGCAGGGAAAAACUGAAGUGAACAGACUGAUCGAUUCUAGCGAGGACAACGUGACCGAACAGACUCAUCACAUCAUCAUCCCCAGCUACAGCGCCUGGUUUGACUACAACUGCAUCCAUGAGAUUGAGAGACGAGCUCUGCCCGAGUUCUUCAAUGGAAAGAACAAGUCCAAAACUCCAGAGAUAUACCUGGCCUACCGUAACUUCAUGAUUGACACGUAUCGACUGAACCCUCAGGAGUACCUCACCUCCACCUCCUGUCGCAGGAACCUAACCGGGGACGUCUGUGCCAUCAUGAGGGUUCAUGCAUUCUUGGAGCAGUGGGGUUUGGUGAACUACCAGGUUGACCACGAGAGUCGCCCCUUGCCCAUGGGCCCCCCACCCACUCCUCACUUCACUGUCCUGGCUGACACACCAUCUGGCCUGAUGCCUCUGAACCACAGACCUCCACCGAUUCCCCCUCCUCAGCAAAUGCCUAACUUCAUGGACAAAGCUAAAGACAAGGCCAUCGACCUGCAAAACUUUAGUCUUCGCUCUGACCUCUACAGCAAGAAAAACAUCAAGGGAAAAGCAUCAAACUCCACCAGGGACUGGACUGAGCAGGAGACUCUGCUGCUGCUGGAGGCCCUAGAGAUGUACAAAGAUGACUGGAACAAAGUGUCUGAGCACGUUGGUUCACGCACACAAGACGAGUGUAUCCUGCACUUCCUGCGGCUGCCCAUCGAGGAUCCAUACCUGGAGAACACUGAGGCCUCCCUUGGUCCUCUGGCUUACCAGCCCAUACCCUUCAGCCAGUCUGGAAACCCUGUCAUGAGCACAGUAGCCUUCCUAGCCUCUGUGGUCGACCCCAGAGUGGCGUCAGCAGCUGCAAAGGCAGCUCUAGAGGAGUUCUCUCGUGUACGUGAGGAGGUGCCAGCUGAGCUGGUGGAGGCACACGUGAAGAAAGUGCAGGAGGCAGCCAGAAGCACAGGAAAGGUCGACCCUGCCUUCGGCUUGGAGAGCAGCGGCAUCGCUGGCACCGCCCCCGAGGAGCCAGAAAAGACUGAAACCCCAGAGGCAGAGAAGAUGGACACAGACUCCGACUCCCAACAGGCUGAUAAGGCGGAGUUGAAGGACGAGGCAGAGAAGCCCAGCGAGUCUGCAGAGAAGAGCAGUGACAAAACGGAGGCUGCAGAGAAGGUGAAGAAGGAGGGAGCCGAAUCCUCAGAGCGCGAGGAAGAGAGCGAAGACGGAGGGGAGGCCAAAACAGCCUCAGCAGACAAGGACAAGGAGGAGGCUAUGGAGACGUCAUCCUCAGACCAGGAGAAGGAAAAGGAGGAGAAGACGUCAACAGAGGAGGGAGACGACAAGAGGAAGAAGCUGGAGCACGACAUCGGAGAGGGGAACAUCGCCACUGCAGCUGCUGCUGCCCUGGCAUCUGCUGCCACUAAGGCCAAGCACUUGGCGGCCGUGGAAGAGAGGAAGAUCAAGUCCCUGGUGGCUCUGCUGGUGGAGACACAGAUGAAGAAGUUGGAGAUCAAGCUGAGGCACUUUGAGGAGCUCGAGACCAUCAUGGACCGCGAGAAAGAGGCUUUGGAGCUCCAGCGGCAGCAGCUGCUCACCGAGCGUCAGGCCUUCCACAUGGAGCAGCUCAAAUAUGCUGAGAUGAAGGCGAGGCAGCAGAUGGAGCAGCAAGCUGCCGCCGCAGCUGCAGCUGCCGCCCAGGCCCAAGGACAGGCGUCUGGACCUGGAUCUGGACCUGGACCCCAUCCAGGGCCCCCGCCACCAGGCAUGCAUCCCGGUGGGCCCCAGCCACACCACGGGGCACCAGUGCCACACCACGGAGGGCCCCCACCAGGCGGUGCAAUGCACCCAAGCUAUCCUCCGAUGGGUCACCACCCAAUGGCCCCCCACCACCCGGGACAGACAGGACCAAUGGGACCAGGUCAGCCCAUGCCGGGACGUAUGAUGCCUGGCCCGCCUACUGCCGGCCCUCCCCCUGGGGGCAUGCCUCCCAUGAUGCCCCCUCGUCACCCUGGAGCUCCUAACGGCAUGUACCCCGGCCCUCCUCCUGCACAGCCUGACCCGAUACCUCCAGUUCCUGUGGGUCCUCCAGCGCCCCCUAGUGCUCGAGGGCCUGACAAUUAAGACCUAACACACAAACACACACAAAAACACAACUAAAGCACACACAAAAAGCUAUCUCUGAACCUCAGCCCCCAGUAUCGAUGGCCUUUGCUACUGGCUCUUUUUUAGCCCUCAACACCCAAAAGCUACCAUAAACAUCAUCACAGACACGGACAGACACACACUCAGGGUUCAGCAGUAAGGUAACCCUAUUUAACACAGACACAGACAUGCAGACUUCCUCUCAGGGCACAGCGGCAAGGGUGGUCUAGUAAUAAACACUGUUUUCUGCUCUGUAGGGCCAGAUGGAGGCUGCACAGAAUGACUCUGUACAAAAUAAGGAGACAAAAGAGAUAAAACUUGAUCUGUCUCGCUUUUUUCAAUGAGUUUGAUUAGACACUGUAACCCCCCACACAAAGAAACACACACCUCCUCUUGUCUGCUGCCUCUUUCUUAAAGCCAAACACUAGGGGGAGCUGGUGAGACAAAAGGACAGCCAGACAUGAAGGGUGUGUGCUGAAAAAUCAGAGCUGUUACACACGAAGCAGGCAGAUUAAAUACAGAUAAAACAUAAACACAGAGGGGCCCAGCCUCUUGUCCCGUCAAGUAUCUACCUCUCGCUCCUCUUUUUAUGAUACACUGUAAGUCUGUGCGUGGGUGAACGUGUGUUCAACAUAGAGGGAUGUUGGAUGGCCUUUCGAUUGUCUGUUUCCUCUGAUAAAAGUGUGUGCCUCUUAAAACAUCACUUAUCCAUCUGAGACUUCUGCAUUAAUACGAAAAGACUUAAGAAAUUCAGUUGUCUUUGGGUUAUAAAAGGACAUAUUGGUGCAACAACAAAUCAAUUAUUAGACCAUAUUUUAAAAAUACCAACUAUUCCAAUUAUUGCAUUUUGAAUUCAUUCAUAUCUUAAGUAGUUGUGACUGAAUUUAUUUCAACUAUGCUCCUUAAAUUCGAUUUUUCUUGUGUUUUUAACUCUAUUAUAUCAGCAAACUUGAGAUAAAUGGGUUAAAGACAAACAAGACAUUAGAGGGGCUCAUCUUUAGACUUUAGAGACCAAACUACAUGUUAAAUAUUGAGAAAAUAAUCAGAGAAACAAGGUUAUUUAAGAUAUUAAUGAUUGGCACAGCCUUCUGCCUCUCAGAAGCGUUAACACUGAAGUAAGGUGGCAGGGAUGUAGACCAAAAAUCACAUCAAAUGUUUUCCCAUGUAAAUAGAUGAGAUCUUUUUUAUACUACCAAAGUUAUAAACCUUGACAUGAGUCGAGAAAAAAAAUCAACAUUUCAACAAAAUUAGUAGUCUCAUUUUUUAUCCUCAAAAGUAACAAACAUUUGCAAUGUUUCUGCGCAUUAGGUCAAAAAUUUUCUACAUCAGGUGUUGCAGAAUGAUAAAAUCUCCAUCAUUUUAACAAUUGGUGAAAUCAAAAGAACAGAAACUUUAUAGUCUUAGUCAAAUAUGUAACAUGCAGGGGAGGAGCGUUGCUGAAAUUGCACAAAUACAUUGGAAACAUUUGGAAAAAUGGGAGUUCCACCCACUUUUCCAAACAUAUUUGUGCAAUUUGGAUAGUGUGCAGGCAUUUGCCUGUAAUUUCUGAAAGUUAUAAACAAUGAAUUAUUUAGUAUAGGGUGCCUAGUAAUUCUUUUUUUGUUAUCUCAAACAAGUAUCUGUUUUUUUUUUUGUCUUGUUAAUGCUCCAGAAAUAAAAAGAAUGAUGACCUCUAAUUAGGACUGCGAUGAUGCAUUUGUUUAACAUUAGCCGCUGGCAAAUGAUGUUGAAAUGAACCAAUAUUAGAAAUGGAUAUUGUCUUGUAUCAAUUUAAUUCGGACAUUUAGCCUACCUAUUUGCUUAAUUGAAGAAUGUGACCUGUUGUACAAAUACUGAUCUGUUUCUGUGAAAGAAAAUGUUGGUACAGUGGGAGUGUUACACCAAAAAAAGCAGAAAAACAUCAAUAUUAACCCUGAUUUUUUCAGUCAGUGCAGCUCUAUUUCUGAAUUACAUUUCAAAUACUUUAUUUUAACAUCAAUUAGUAUAUUUUAGAGGCCUUUGAUCUGGCAUCAAUUUGUAUUUAUUUACUAAAUCAACAUAUCAGUUUAAACAAUACCGGCUACCUGGUAUCUCAUUUGACAAAAUAUCAGUAUAUCUUAAUAACUCAAGACGUUCACAAGCCCUCCCCUCAAGUUUGACAUGUAUCAACCUGUUUGACAUGAAUCAUCCUGUAGCUUAACCUGAAGAAGAAAGCACCUGGAUAAAUCUUAUAUAAAAGGGCACAGUCUGAUCUGCAGGACUGCACUGACUUUUGACUGAAACUGGCCUUUUUGACUGAAUUUUCUGCAGCAUCUGUGCUGUUCAUACUUAUGACAUGAUUCUUGUCUAAGGAUUCCUAAAUAUAUGGUUAAAUCAGUUUUUUCCUAAACAGCUGCACUGUGCAGCUGUGAGUUUAAGUUAUGCAAAAAAAAGUAAAUGGUAUUUUUGUUGGGAACCAUUUUUAGUGAUGGAUUAUUUAGCAUCUGGUGAGUUUUCCUGGCAGCGCACUAAUGUAUGUGGGAUUUACCCAAAAUAACCCACAGUGUUUGUGUUCAUGGUAAUGAAGGAACAGAAACUGUGUGGCUCAGAGAUGAAUAUUAAAAAAGAUUUGGGACAAAAAAUGAGUCCACAGCACAGAGGAAGAAAGUACAUUACACUAAUCACAGAAUCCCAAACAUUGCAUUAGACUUUUCCGGUGUUUUCAACCUCUACGUCUCAUUAUCUCAGCACUGUUUUUCACAUUAUUAUGAGGUUUCAACAAUUUCCAGAAUGAUCAUAGUGACACAAGCGUUGUUAUCUUGAUGUAACAAGAUAAAUAAGUUGUGAUCUUGAGAAAACAAGACAAAUUUCAUUGUUAGCAUGGAAAAAUGAGGUUAAAAGAAGGGGAAUGUAUGUCUGCAGAGGCUUCCACUACAAUCAAACUCAUUUGAUCCUUUAAACAUUAAUGCAAAAGUCUGAGACUGGGUCAGAUUACUAGAAGGAGAACAGACAGCACAGUCAUCCCUCUCUCUGUCACACACUAACACACACAGAAAAGUAAGCUAAUCUGAGGCUCACACUGGAGGCUGCGUGCAUACAGACUUGGCCAGACCCUGCCACAAAGCACUGGAAGACCACACACACAAACAUAACGAUACACACGUACAUCUAAUCUCCUGCUGACCUUAACGCAGCCUUUCAGAGAGGAAGACGCUGCGACGCGGCUCGACUGAAACAUACCAACAUGAAUGACGCUCUUCCUCAGUGCGGUGGGCUUCUAGAUGUUUUUUAGGUGCUGAUACUGUAGCGAAUAAAAAAAAAACCCUUCCCCUGCAAAAACUGCAACACUUCUGCUCACGAUAUCCCAAGCUUACUGCUGCCUACCUCGCUAACCCCACCUCACUAAUACUUACCUUCAAUCUGUCUCUUUAGCCACGGGAAAACGAAGCAAUAUCCUCAUUCCUGUGAGUCAGAUAUUUAAAACACUGCAGCACAACAUAAGAAGCAAUCAUGUUUUCACUAAUUCUGCAUCCGGUCAUGUUGCAGUAUGUGUGUAGACAUGCAAAAAGUUUACCAGACAUUUAUCUACAGUGCUAAACUAAUUACUAAUUAGUGGGGAUGGACUUGUAUUUAAUAGUUAGACAGCUGAAAAUUUACUUGACAAGAAAACAAAGAUAGAUGUACAACUUUCACAAGUGCCUGACUGUGAUUUGGCGUAACUGCUAGACCGUGACUUUAGCACUCCUGAAAGCUGUUUUCUAACCACCAUUAUAAAACAAAAGAAGUAAGCUGAGGCCAAUUCUCUUACUUUACUUCUCUUAACCUAAACAAUCUCAUGUAAACUGGCUGAUAAAACAUAUUUCACCUUGGCUGCAAGAGAAAUUGAUUGUUUUGCAAGUUAAAAUUGGUGCGAAGCAAUGCUAAAUCUGUUAGCCCAUUAAAAGCAAUUUUCAUUAUGUGUCAGCAUCAAGCUAAAAAAUUAAAAUAUAUGUAGAUGACAUCAGUAAGGAACUCAAGAUGUGGGGCGGGAAGUGAUUUCCUCAUACAGAAGCACUAUCAAAAUGACAAUUUAUUUGCUUUUUACAGCCUUGCCAACUGUUCAACAUGGUGAAAGAAACAAAAUUAAUCUACUUUGGACUCCCAAAAGUAGCAAAACAUAAAGGCAAAUAGUUUACAAAGCUCCAAGAGAAACUGAUGCUUGUGUUUGGUCUGUUUCUGCCAAGCAGUCUGGUUUGGCACAGUAAACCUCAUCGCAACCAAGAUCUGUAUCCUUGAGCUCACUCUGUAGUAAGAGCCAAUCUUUUGGCUCCUGAACGGCUUUCAUUUGGCAUCAGUUUGACUUUUAAAAUUGGUAUGAAAUAGCAGAAAUGGAAGAAAGGAAAAUGGCUCUCAAAUGGGAGGCAGCUCCUUCUGUUCGUGUUUUGUAGAAAAAGCUUAACUUGGUUGCCUACCCUGCAAGGUUUAUUUGGUUGAAAGUGUUAUAAUUAAAAGCAUGUGCAUGACAAAACAAGGGGGAAAAGCGGUUGAAGUGGCACAGCUAUCUUCUUAGCUAUGUACAAGACUCUUGUCUCCCUUCUUCUGGCUGGACAUGCAGUAGGACAUCUACAGGAUGAAGUCAUAUGUGACAUUUACGGCAAACAAAGCCGUUAUUUUGUUAAUUUUUAAACAACAGCAGCGUGCAGGUCCAGCUUGGACUAAAAUGUACAAACAUUCCUCCAUUCCCGUUGAUUCCUAGCAACUUCCUGCCCCUGGUCUAACUUUAGUGCAUCAUUUGGAUCACGUGUCUGCAUACAACCUUGACGUUUCGGUCCAUCUGUUAGAACUUCAGGCUUUCUACAACUAUUGAAUGUUAACUUCCCUUGAAAUGUACAUCCCUACUAAUUAGUUAAUCACUUUUUUUUUGCUUCUGCAUUUUACCAUUCCUUUCCAAGCAAAAUGACUGCACACGAUCUCAUGUUCCAGCUUUCCGACUGAGUUUGUCAUACAUGAUAAUUAACUAGAUUGUUUGAAGCCGUUCUGACACAAAAACACACAUUUGAAAAAGUCAUCUUGGGUUUGAGUAGCUUUUAAAGACACACGUUCUCUCAUGCCACACUGGCAUUAAUUUGUCUCCUAAUUGGUGAAAUAAUCUGCCCUAUUUAUUGUUAAUAUUUAGUGCUUGUUAAUGAAUAUGUUUGAGAAGUGUUCAUCAGAUGUCAUCAAUUUGCUUCAAUUAGCUCCCAUUCAUGACUUGAACUCGCUUGACUCGUGUAGUUACUUUAAGAGCCUUAAAAAGAUUAUUUCACUUAUAAAAAGAUCAAUAAUCCUAACCUGAAUCUGCCCACUCAUUUUCCAAUAUGGUGCACCACACGGGUUAAAGAUACAGCUCGAUUUAAUGACUCCUCUCCCUCUUUCGCUAGCACUGUUAGUAUCUCUGCUACCUCUUCCUCGCUCAUCUGCUAGCUACCUCUUUUAGAAAUCUUCCUCUUGCUAUCUGCUACCUCUCUGCGCACCCCUUCGCUACCUCUCGUUCCCAUUUUUCUUUUCUUUGAUCUUUUCUUUUCCCGCCCACGUGACUGCUGCAUCACCGACUCCCACCGCCCGCUUCUCCCUGUUUGUCGGAGGAAGAACACACAUGAAAACACACGUAUGGUCAUUUCACGCAUCCUCCUUUCCCCCAUUCAGGCUUGUUAUAUAACGUCACUUAAAUAUGACAGGAAUCCCCUCACAUAUAUUAUCUUUAAUCGAUACUUUUUGUGUUGAUGGUAAUGUAUUUUUAAGGAGAAGUUUUGUGUAGAUGGAAGUUAUCUCUGUUCUUUUGAAGUUUGUAGCAUUUGUUUUCUUUUUUUUUAUUUUGUAUGGGGUCUGUUGGUACUUGGACCUAGACACUGUCAAAUAA